UUGCCAGACCAUAUCCAUGGGAACAGCGGAGCGUCCUCGACUGGCUACAAAGGUUGACUGGUUGGCAACAAAAGUUGUCGUCUUUAAUUUAGUCUAAAUACGAAUUUAACACAAGAAUGCGCCCGAGGUCAGCUGUAGAAAGUUGGGUGUCACCGUCAGCAGAGAUGCAUCAAAUCUCUGGCCAUAUAGAUCUGAGGCCUAUAACACAAGGGCUCACCAUCAUCCCUAGAGUCAAGAGUUCGUCUCGAACAUCCACAGGAGAUUUCUCCAGGAGGAACACUCUCAAAUCUGACUCUGCCUCCUCAGUGCAGUCGGUGGCAGAUGAGAACCUUUCUUUGGUGGACAUUGAGAACGUACUCUUGGAGAGAGUCAAGGACAGAAAAGAUGACUUGAAGGUUGCUUUUGAAGCCUUUGACCAAGAAGGCAACAAAACUGUCACCAAAGGAGAGUUCAGACGUGUCAUUGAGGGCUUUCUUGUUCCGCUCACAGAGUCUCAGUUUGAGGGUCUGUUGGCUGAGCUUGACUUAAGAGAAAAUGGAACAAUUCCCUAUAUGGAGUUUCUCAGAAGAUACUGCAAGGUUUCAUCUGCUGUGGGCAGAAUCUCAUCCAGGAGUGGAAGUUACAGUAACUUGUCACUUGGAGAACUACAGUGUCGUCUGAAAGAUAAGAUCGGAGGCAAUUUGAAAAACAUCACCAGGGCUUUUCGGCUGUUUGACUACAACAGUGAUGGGCACAUACAGCGACAUGAGCUGCGUAAAGUGCUAGAGGGAUACUGCUUUCCCAUGAGUCAGCUGGAAUUCCACAGACUAUGGUCACAUUAUAGCGUGAAUAAUGCUGACACAAUAUCUUACAAGGAUUUUCUUGAGCAGCUUGGUGUCGACUGUGAAAACUAUAGAAAAAUUGCACCAGAUUCUAUACAACUGGCACUGAAUUGGGAUGCUGUCAGUCGAACCACAACAAGACCUAAAAGUAAGACAAGCGUAAGGGCUUUUUCAGGCAAAUCCAGGGACACCUUGGAUGAAGCCCAGAUCAGGUUUUUGAGCAAAAUCAAGAAAAAUCACAGGCUUGUUGAAAAAGCUCUGCAGGCAUUUGACAUCACAGACAGUGGGUUUGUCUCCCAAGAGAAUCUCAGAUCUGUCCUCAGUAAUUUCCUCUUUCCCAUGGAUGAUAACAUCUUUAGGGAGUUAUUAAACAGAUUUGGAGUGAGCAGCACAGAGCCUGUGCAGUGGAGAAUAUUUCUUGGAUUGUUUAAGGAUGACAUAACAGCACAGAAAGAAUCUCCUCCAGCAACUCCAGAAACAUGCAGUAUUGAAGCAAUUUUAGCAAGACUACGUCGCCAUGUACUUAAUCAUCCUCUUGUGACAGAAGCCUUUCUGGACUUCGAUAAAAACAGAACAGGGUUUAUCAGUAGAGAUGAACUAUGCAGGGCUCUGGAGAGUCUCGAUUUGCAUCUGACCGUUGAGCAGUUCACAGCUCUUGCUGAUGUCUUGGAUGUGGAACAUACAGAUGUCAUAAAUUACCAGCAAUUUCUGGACUUCCUCCAUCACCAAAGGCCAAUUGAGCAGACACCAAAGCUCAAUAUAAAGGCUCCAGCAUGGGUAAACACAUUGCCUUCCACAGCAACAACAACAUGGAAUGCAGUGGAAGGGAUUUUGAUGGAGAAGCUCUCUGAGAACUAUGAUAUGCUGAUUGAAUCUAUCAUCAACACAACCCAAAACCAGAGUGACAUCAUCCCACUAGAAGACCUUAGGAGACUGAUCCAACAACACGGGCUACCGCUGUCUGAGCACCACUUCAGCAAGCUCUGCAAACCAUUUUUGGAGGGUGGAGGUGUGAACUACAAGCUGUUCUUGACAAGCUUGGGUGUUCCAGAGAGGAAUGAGGGCAUCCAAAUCAAUGAGAGGGAGGAAAAGAAACAUGAAGCCUGCAUGUUGAACAUAAAAGCACAAGCAGUAAAAGAUGUUGUCCUAAAGAAACUCAAGGACAGGUUUCAGAGGCAUGGGAUGACCCUUCAGGACUAUCUGAUGUCCACCAGGAAAAGCUCAACAGCAGCGCUCACUCUGAGAGAUUUUUGUAAGAUUCUGGAUGAUUGUGGUAUUUUCCUGGAAGGACUCCAGUUUCAGAUGCUUAUUGAGUCUCUUGGUUUUAAUUUGGGUCCAAUUUCUGUUACUGACUUUGUGGCCAAAUUUGAAGAAGUAACAAAACCAGAAAAGGACAAAGAUAAACCGACAAAAAACAUGCAAACUUCCACUCUUUUGACUGCAGAGGAUUGUCUAGGUCAACUUAAAAAGAGGAUCAAGGAAUAUCACGGGGAUGCUCUGACCGCUUUCCGUCUCAUGGACAAGAACCGAGAUGGCUUGGUUAAUCGGAUUGAUUUCAGGAGUCUGUUUGACAGCCUGAUGUUUGUAACCCAAGAGCGAGAGUAUCAGAGAUUGCUGGACCUGCUGGGCCUUACGCCCGGUGCCACACUCAACUACACUGACUUCUACAAAAAAGUCCUCUCUAGUGGCAAGAUGAAAUCACAUCACCAUGAUAACACCUUAGGAGAUGGGUGUCUUGACAUUGCAUGUGACCAAGUUCAUGACUAUCUAGCAGCCAUUGUGCACAAAAGAUCUUCGGAGCUCUCAAAGGCCUUUUGCCAGUUGGGUGACGAUGGUGAAAGCAUCAUGACCAAAAAUGAUCUAAAGCAGCUACUUUUUAAAUACUCCAUGCCGAUCACACCAAAUGAGUUUGAAAAACUCUGGCACAGAUAUGAUGAGGAGGGGAAGGGCUUCCUCACUCAGACAGCAUUUUUAAGAAAGUUUAAAGCCACAUCAGAUGAAGACAGUCAGUCGGACGCUUUACAGGAACAGCUCACAGAGAUUUCCACAACACCUGAUCUAGAGGUUAUGCUACAAAAUCUUAGGAAGUGGAUCGGGAGUGACUUUGAGAGUGUGAGUGGAAGCCUUGUGGUUCUGGAUAAAAACAAAGAUGGUUACGUGACUGUGACAGACCUGCUCUCUCUCCUGCGCAGACAUGGCUUUCAGCUAACAGAAACACAGCUCACAUGCCUACUGAACCUCCUUGGCUUUGAGGCUUGUCUGAAGGAGUUGCCGUACCUUGAUUUCCUAAAACAUCUCGCUGGACCUCCAGUCUCGAGUGGGACUGCAGUCGACCCUCCUCAAAGCUCGCCUAUGGGUUCUCCAGAACCAGUGGAGGAUGUUGAGGAGCUGAGUCCAGAAAGAGCCAUACAGAGAGUCAAGGAGCUGAUUACUGCUUCCUCAGAUACUCUCUACAAGGCCUUCUCUGCAUUUGAUAAGACUGGAGAUGGGAUGAUAACACAAACAGAGUUUCGGCAAGUGCUGGACCAUUUCUGCAUGUGUCUCUCAGAUGUGCAGUUCAGGAAGCUGCUGUCUGAGAUGAGACUGAGCGAAGGAGAGGAGAUUAUGAUUGACUGGAGGGAAUUCCUCCAAGUCUUCAACCUCCACACUCAAGAGACAGCAGAUGAAUGGCUGAAGAAAAUCCAUAAAAUGCGUUUUCCGAAUCAGACCCGACCUUUAGUCAUCUCUGACAUUUUGAGGCGAGUACAGGAGGUUGUGUCGGCCCGCAUAUACACUAUUACAAAGGAGAUGGUAGACCUCGACUACGCCAAUAUAAACACAAUCUCGAAAAUGGACUUUAAGACCAUUUGUGAUCGUCACUUCAUGAGGCUUACUGACGACCAGUUUCAAAACCUGUGGAAAAUGCUACCAGUUAAUGGCUUUGGAAAUCUGGAAUAUCGCGAGUUCCUGAAAAAGUUCAGUGGAGAACAGAAAGGCCUGGAAAAGGUUGCUAAAUCAUUACCAGGUUCAGCAAGAUCAACACUGGAGAGACCAGCAUCCCUCAGACGCCCCAAAACAGCACCCUGCACCUUUACUCGCUCUACGUCAUCAGUCUCAGAGCGACUUCAGAGGCCCUCCACGGCGAGCAGAAGGUCCACGCCACUGCUGAACUGUGAGGAUGUGGAGAUGAAGGUGCGUUCCAGGAUCCAGGACUGUUGGAGGCACAUCCAAAGGAGAUGCAGGCAGGCGGACCCUGAGAGAACAGGGGAGAUAGAUGUGGAUAUAUUCCUAGAGAUACUCCAGGGCCUCCAUAUUGAUCUGAGUCCGCCUGAGUUUAAGCAGCUGGCUGUCAAAUAUGACAUCAAAAACAGCGGACGUCUCUCUUACCCGGACUUUCUGCGGCACUUUGUGCUCAUGUUCAGCCCUCAGCUCAACACUUCAUCCUCCAGACUCAAACUGCAGCUCCCCACGACACCAAUGAGUCCCGGUCCACUUAGUGGAGAGUGUGUUGAAGCCAUGCUGAGAAUUUCCAGGCCUAUCCAGCUCUUCUGGAGGCAGAUGAGGCAAAAAUUCACCUCCUUUGACAAAGAACGCACUGGAAAGAUCUCUCUUCAGGACUUUAGAAAGGUUCUGAGACAGUACAGCAUGAAUCUAUCAGAGGAAGAAUUCUUUCAUUUCACAUCUUUUUUUGACAGUAACCUCUCAGGGAGGAUUUCAUACAAUGAUUUUCUGCGCAUUUUCCUAAAAUGAGCGAAAGUUUCCUUUGUUUUGAGUGUCAUAUUGCACUGCUUUAGCUACACUGAUGUCACAAAUGUUUUCAUACAAAAAUAAACAGAUUAUUCUGAUC